AUGGAUCCCACCACCACGCUCUUUACGUUCAUGCUCCGACGGGACCGUGGCCAAUGGAAGGGUUGCUACACCUUCAAGGAUAUCACGUGUGAAGGGGAUGCCGGGAGCAUACCGAAACGGGAUGGAGGCCUAAAGAUGGGUCACACUUACUACUACUACUACGAACUCGACGGCGCUUCUGAGGCUCAUGAUCCCUCCCAGCCGUCGACGAACACUUGCCCAUAUCUUCCUGGGCAGACCGUCAACACUCUUUGGAUUCCUGUCGAGCAGUCGCAGAGGAAACGCAGCGCCUCGCUGACCUCGCUGCACGAGGCGGACUUCAAGACGAUGGACCCGGCCAGCAAGUUCAUUUCCCCCAGGCCAGCGCCAACCCCCCCAGAGCCGGCUCGUCGGCUUGGAACUGCGCCCCUCCGGAUGCCGCAGCAGACGCGCCCGUCCAGGUCACCAUCACCGAGCACCCGCUGGCACUUCUCAGCUCGGAAACUUUUCAGCCGCAAGUCGAGCUCGUCUUCGCUCAAGGACAUGCAGAUUCCGCAGGCGGAAUUCGAAAGGGCCCCCAGGUCUGAAGGCAGCAGGUCAAGGGAUAUCUCGCCUGAGUCGCUACGCAGGUUCCUCGUCGAUGACGCCCCGCUCGAGCACGAACAGGAGGACAGCAAUGCGCCGGCGAUCGAUAUACCAGAGGACAUUGUCGAGGAGAACGAGGAUGACGACAACUUCGCCACCUCGGCCGUCUCGGAAACUAUGCAAUUCACUGGGCUGUCCCCGCCCCCGCCGCGCACCCUCUCCCCGGCAAUGACCAUCGCCUCCGUCGACGACGCCGUUGCCGAGGCACCCGCCAGUGCCUACCUCACCAUGCCGCCUGCCCCCACCCGCACACCACCCCGACUCCCCACCCUCAACACCACACUGCCCGCCAAGCACCACCCCUCUUUCCCGCUCUCCGCCCUCUGCCCGGAGUCGCCCGACUCCGCCUCCCCGCCGGGCUUCUACAUCUCAGACGCCGACGUCGACGACGACGACUACGAGGAGGACGAGGACGUCCUCGCCCCCGCCCAAAUCCAGAAGAACCCUUUCGCGCGGAACAUCACCGCCACCUUGUCGACGUACUCGCUUCCGCGCACCGCGGGCACCGACGCCGGCAAGCUGGCUACCCCCGCCGCUGCCGCUGUGGGCCAGCAGCCGGCGGUGCCGGGGUCGCUGAUGCUUACGAGCCCCAUCCCGGAUGCCGGGCUAGGGGAGCUGGUUACGGAAUUGGGCUGGAUGGCACAGGCAAUUGGGGGGCGCUAUGCCUAA